AUGGCUCCAACACUGUUUGAGAAUGAUGCAAAGCCCGGAGACCUGAUCCAGAUCUCACGUGGGACAUAUGAGCACUGGGCCGUCUACAUCGGUGGAAAUGAAGUUGUUCAUUUGAUUCCACCAUGUGCUGAUGAUUCCGACACUUUUAGUAACAUGUUAAUGCUCCUGGAUAGCAACACAGCACAGGUGAGGCGUCAGAAGAUCUGGGAAGUGGUUGGCUCCCAUGAAUUCAAAAUCAACAACCUCCUGGAUGACAAGUGCCAGCCUCGUGAGCGCCACAUCAUCGUGAGAGAGGCCUGUAGCAUGGUGGGCCGGGAGCUGCCGUACUCACUCACCACUCACAACUGUGAGCACUUUGUCACAGAGCUACGAUACGGCAAGCCAGAGUCUCAACAGGUUCAAACAGCAGCUGUGAUUGGAGGCGUUGCUGCAGCAGGUGUAGGCAUUGUGGCUUUGGGUGCCACUCUGUUUGCUUUGCUCAAAGAUGACAACAAAAAGAGGCGUCAUAAGUGA